CGUGGUUGUCAGUCAUUGAAUUUUUCCACUUCCGGGUUAGUAAUGUAUUUUGAAGAUGGAGAGUUUGACAGCUUUCCCUCCAGAAUUACUGGCUCAUAUUCUGUCCUUCCUUUCCGGAAAAGAGUUGGCAACAGCUGCUAAGGUCUGCAAGGCCUUCCAUGAAGCGUCGAAGGUGGAUUUUGUCUGGCAACGAUGUAUGAAUAGAGAAUUUGGUGUCUCCUGCGCUGCUUCCAGUUUGUCUCCAAGGGAGAUCUACACAAAGCUGCUACACAAGUAUGGAUUUCUACUUGGAACGUGGCAAAUAGAAAUCAAGCCGUAUGGAGGUCUGGUCCAUGUUAAGUUCCAAAAUAAUAAAUUGCUAGGACUGCAGUACGGUGCCCCCCACGAUCCACACGUGGACUGGCCCAUGAUGGUGAAGGAACUGUUCCAAGUGAUGCUGGAUGAUGAGGGAAAUACCAUUAUAAACUGUCUACAGGGUCCGCAGGGUCCCCAUAAGGGGCAGAUACCCUUAUUGAAUGCCAGCACAGCCCGGUUCAUGUCCAAAUGCUGCUGUCCAGACUUGCACAGACAUCCACAGGGAAGAGAACAGGAGUUUUUAAAAUGGUGUCAAGAGGAGAUGGGCGUGUCUGAAGAAGAUAUCAUGUUUCAGCACAUGCAGGAGCUGCUCUUCAUGAAGUUCAUGAUCAUCAACCAGUACCAGUUCUGCUAUGUGUAUAAAAGGCUGACCAUGCCUCCCCACCUACCUGAGCAGCUGAUCGCACCUGGGCUGUUUAAGGGCACGUACGGAAGCCACGGACUGGAGAUCGUGUUACUGACUUAUGAUAGGCACUACAUCCACUGCAAGAAAAUUACUGGCGACCCCAAUGUUCCAGCCUCUGAGCUCAGUGUUCUGGUCGAUACAAAAAAGCCUCUAAUGCUAGAUGAAGAACAACAGGUGGACCCUACUGAGCUGGCACGCGUUACUGAGCAGGCCGACAAGGAAGAAGAAGAGAUGAAUGGAAACAGUGCCAGCAACAACCAAUCACAGGAGGGGGAAGCUUGUGGGUCAGGCCAUGAUGUAUCCCAGCAGCACCUUCCUCAAAGUCAGCCAUUUGCAAUCCCAGAAGGCUUCAGGGAGAGGGGGAUCAACUACCCAAAAACCUGCAAAAUGAGGUUUUGUGGAACGGGGCUGAUAGCUGGCCACGGUUACACCAGCCCGAGCAGAACACCCGGCCAUUUUGUUGUCUUUGACGACGACAACUUCGGCUUCCUCUGGCUGGAGCUGAGAUCUCUGUCUGUCUACAGUCGAGUCACAGAGAAAAUGGACUGAAUUCAAAGUUAUAUUCAUUUGAGACAAUCUGUACAAAGUAGAAUCGAUUCUAGAACCAUAACUUGAAAGCUUACUCCGUGUUGAAAAAGUCACUCUGAAUCAAAGUUGAACUGUAAUUUCCGACACAAAAAAAUGGACUUACCCUAAUUUUCAAAUGAUCAGCUCCAGUCUUUGUCAAUGAAUGAACAAUCCACUGCUUCUGUGACAUCACGUUGUGCAGAUAGAACAUGUGACUCGGUGAGCAGUGGAUCAUAAGUUGCAGGAAGUCUAUGGCGCCCACAAAAGAUCAAAGAGGCCAACUACAUCAGAGCUUUACAACCAUCCCUAUUAAACAUAGACGGUGGGUGCUAUAGACUACCUGCGACUUAUGAUUCACUGCUCACUGAGUCACAUGUGCUAUCUACAUAACAUGAUGUCACAUUAGCAAUGGAUUAUUCAUUCCUUGACAGACUGGAGCUGAUCUGUCGAAAAUUAAGUCCAUUUUUUGGUGUUGGAAACUCAAUUUUUUUUCAGGAUUCUAGAAACUUUUUAGAUUGGGAAUAAAUAGGUUUGUUCAAUCAUUGAGGUGUAAGGGAUGAAACGUACCCCUGAGCUAUAUUCUGGCCCGCUAUAUACUGUACACUUGGUUUGUUGUAAUGUAACUUUUUUUUGGUACCAUGUCAGCUGUGUUUUGGAAUCAGUUUGAACUGAAGGACUUGUAUUUUCAUUGUUUGUUUUUUUUACAAUGUCAGACCUAUCCAAUAUGAAUGAAUGAAUGAAUAUGUCUUGCACAACUCUUAACUGGUCAGAGUUUAAUCAAAUGACCUGAUAUUUUGGCCACAUGAUUUAUUUUCUAAAAAAGAUAAUAAUCCAAACCCGAUAUAUAUAUACAUGUUUGUGUUGUAGCUUUGUAACAGACUUUAUAUUUGUGUGUUUUUUUAGUGUCUAUAGUUCUGAAUCAUUGUAUUGUGAAUUGGUACAUGUACUAAGAGGGAUGGUAGCAGUUGUCAAGCGGCUAAAACAGUGGACCACUCCUGGUGUUGCCCUUGAACAAUUUUUCUCAUAAAUAAUUUGCUGACGGUGUUGUUUUAGUUUGUUUUAUGACAGACAUAGAGAUUGUUAAUUGGCGUCUUACAUUAUGUAUUGAUGCUUUUUGACAAUUUUAGAAUUGUUGGCAAUGGACAGUGUAAUUUCAUGUGACUAAGAUUAUUGAUUAUAGCAUAGACGAAAUAUAUUGUAUAUGUAUACAAAAUAUUAAAAAAUUAAAAGGCCACAUGAAUUUGAUUUUUGGUUUAGGCCAUGUUGAUUUGAUUUUUUGGAUGACGUAAUUUGAUUUUUUGGAUGACACUUAUUUUUUUUAUUUUUGUAUAGUUAACUUUUAUUAUUCAUGUUGUUUUUAAGAACUGAGAAAAAAACUAAGCGAUCACUAAGCAAACACAAUUAGCUGCAUGAUUGUUAAGAUUUUCACACGGUUGUUUCUAAAGUAAAGAAUUUCAAAGGCUUUUAUGUCCAACUUCACUGUAGGGAAACAUAUUGUUUUUGCUCCAUUUCUUCUUCUCGAAACAAUGAAAACACAAUGAUAUCUUAGAAUGUUUCUUGGGACAAAAAUUGGAGAAAAAAAUGUUAUUUUAAGUGUACAACAUCAAACUUUCAAAUUUUGAAACCAUGGUGAAAAAUUUGGCAGCCAGUGGUCAAUGACUUUGGAUAUGCAUGUAUAGCUGAAUCAACAAAAUGUCCUUCAUUGUCUUGAACAUGGAUAUUACCAGUAUGAAAUAUUAAGACCCUGUUCACACUUUUAAAGAAUCGAUUCGGAUAAGACAUUUAUCCGUAUAAAAAAUUUUCUACCCAAUAAAAAAUUGCAUUCACACUGCUCUUCGACAAUCCGAUAAGUGCGCCCUCAGUCUUAUCCGAAUAAAAAACUUUAUUCCUG